UACAAAAACCUCGUCUGCCCACAGAGAGAAAGGUAACAGAUCAAACCUCAGCGCCCCUCCACCCCCGCACCCAAAAAAAAAAAAAGAAAAAGGAAAAAGGAAAAUGGAGGAAGAAGAAGCAAGAAAUUGGAAAGAAAUGGAGGUAGAUUGCCUAAUCAACAUCUUCCAACGCUUAGACCUCCAAGACCUGAUCCUCAGCCUCCCUUUCGUCUGCAAAUCUUGGUCCAAAGCCUCUACCGAUCCUCUCUGCUUUCGAAUCCUCGACAUCCCAUCCCUCACCUUCUUUCCUUGGACUAGCCUGGCUAAGCAGUUCUCCCCUCUUUACUCGCUUUCGAAUUUCUCUUUAUCGUCCUUCAUCAAAUACUUCGUCCGUCGAAGCUGCGGGUCCCUCGUCGAGCUCCGUCUGCCCGCAGAUUUCAGCCCGACCGUCGACGACUUGGCCCGCGUAUCAAACACAUGUCAGAGGUUGAAAGUGAUCACUUUGCCUAAGCUGAUGCUCGAACACGAAGUCCACAUCACAGAGCUCGCCGCAAAGUGGAAGGAGCUUGAACGUCUUGAAAUGGGAUCGAAGCCAUCGCCAUUUACACGAUUAGCCGCUCGGAUCAGUACCAACUGUAAGAAAUUUAGAGCAUUGAAAAUGGCGGGAUCGAUUAAGAGAGAGGAUGCGACGGCGAUCGCGGGUUGUUUUAAGGGGAUUAAGGAGUUGGAUUUGAGCAGGGCGUAUUUGCCUAAAGAGCACCUGGUUGUGAUCGUCAAGGGAUGCAAAGAGAUUGAGAAAUUGAUUUUGAACGAGUGCGUCGGGUUUGAUUCUGGGGACGAGGAGAUUAGGAAGCUGGUCGAUGGGAUUAAGAUUUUUGAGAGUCGGGGGUCGGUGGUCUUUGAUGAUUAUGACUUUGAGAAUGAUGACUGUGAUCCGUUGAAUGUUUGUGUUAUGUGAAGAUGGAGCGUUGCAAAUCAAUCAUGUAAAAUUAGAAUUUAGAGUCUCUUCGUAAAUUUUUUUUUUUUUUUACAGAGACCGUUAUUUUUAAUCACGAUUGUCAUUUGUAAGAUGUUUAAUUUUGUACGAUUU